UGGAAAGAAAAUGGAAACUAUUGGUCAAAUCAGGUUUGGGCAAUGAUGGUAAAAAUGUAUUAUGCAUGUGUUUAAUAAGAGAUUAAAUAUCUAAAAGAUGGACAAGUUCUCUUGGAAAACAUUUUCUGAUAUAAGCGAAGAUAUUUCUACCUCCAAGCUCUGCUAACGGAUGUAUUUUUUCUCUCUCCUUCUCCCACACACCAUAGUGGUGCGCGAGUGGGCGGGCAGGCGGCUGAGUUUUCCAAGAAAUAAUGUCCGGUGACAGGCGACGGUCCGAAGAUGAGAGCCCUGGCACCAGUGGCCGUCGUUCAGAUGCAGACCAGCGAGACUCAGCCGCUCCUGAGCCUGGAGAACAAGACAAAAAACCUUCUGCCACCCAGCAGAAGAGAAACACCAAACUCUCUAGCAAAACCGUUGCUAGGUUAUCCACGAGUGCGAAAAGGAUUCAGAAGGAGCUGGCUGAAAUGACCCUGGAUGGGCUUCCUAACUGCAGUGCUGGGCCUAAGGCACAUAACAUCUACGAAUGGAGGUCGACCAUCCUUGGUCCCCAAGGGUCCGUGUACGAAGGUGGUGUGUUUCUUCUGGACAUCACAUUUUCGCCCAAUUAUCCAUUUAAGCCACCGAAGGUUACUUUCCGCACCAGAAUCUAUCACUGCAACAUCAACAGCCAGGGCGUCAUCUGCCUGGACAUCCUGAAAGACAACUGGAGUCCGGCUCUGACGGUUUCAAAGGUUCUGCUGUCCAUUUGUUCUCUUUUGACAGAUUGCAACCCCGAGGACCCUCUGGUUAGAAGCAUAGCUACUCAAUAUUUGACCAACAGAGAAGAACAUGACAGGAUAGCCAGGCUGUGGACCAAGAGAUACGCGACAGGAUCACGCCAUUUGUAAGCCGUGUGAACGCACGUCCGGGAGGCAUCUUUUCAUUGUGCUACA